AUCUUUGCGUUUUCAACCAUUGGGAAAAUACGUUGGUUCAACAGAACUUAAAAGAAAAACGAAAUCUGGACAGAGGGCGUGACAACAUACCCGCACGUUUCCGCCUGUGCAACCGAAACCAAUGUAGCCUACUUCCUCUGGUUAUAGACUGUAAUGCAACAGUAUCUUUUCCGCAGGUAUGGCACGGUUGACGCGUGAUGUACAUUCGUUCUUGGAUGUGAUUUUGGAUUUCAUCCGUAGAAACUGACGAAAUAAAACUAUGGAGGACGUCACCAUGGAGUACAAGAAUGACAAUGAUGAAAUUGAACUUUAUCUGGCUCACAUGAACAUUGAGGACAUAAUCAGCGCUGUGGAAAUUUUAUAUCCUUGCGAAUCGCCAUCGGGGGUGUCCUUUGAGGACAGCCUCUUCCAGGAGGACAUGGAUGAAAAUGAGGAGACAGCCGAUUCUUUGACCCUUGAGGGGACCCCCAUGCUGGGCAGUGUGAGGUAUGGGGCUGUCUCUGACAUGCUUGCCUUCAUAAACCUAAUCUCAAAUACGCCACCAGCCUCGCUGAAACACCUGACUGAGGAGAUAGGUGUCCUGUUAAAUAAGACCGACAUGGUGGUCAAAGGGGGGCGCUACCGCAUUGACUCGGACGUGUUCCUGUUUCCUUGGAAACUGACCUACAGGAACCCUGGCUCUGGACAUGUCCCAAAAGGGUCUUUUGGGAAAGUCCACCUUGCCCAAGACACAGAAACCAGGAAACGAAUGGCAUGCAAGCUGAUACCCCUGGAGCAUUUCAGACCAGCUGACGUUGAGUUCCAGGCACGCUUUCGUCAUGAGAACAUCGCUGAGCUCUACGGUGCUCUCCUGUGGGACCAGACCAUCCACCUGUUCAUGGAAGCUGGGGAGGGAGGCUCAGUGAUGGAGAAGGUGGAGAGCUGUGGUCCAAUGAGGGAGUUUGAGGUCAUCUGGGUCACCAAGCAGGUCCUCAGAGCCCUGGAAUAUCUGCACUCCCAUAACAUCAUUCAUCACGACAUCAAACCUAGCAACAUUGUCCUAAUGUCCGCCAAAGCAGUCCUGGUGGACUUUGGCCUCACUGUGCAGAUGACAGAGGAUGUGUACACCCCAAGGGACCUGCGUGGGACAGAGAUGUACAUGAGUCCAGAGGUGGUUCUGUGCCGAGGCCACAACACCAAGGCGGACAUCUACAGCAUGGGCACCACCAUCAUCCACAUGCAGACUGGCAGCCCUCCGUGGGUUCGCAGAUACCCUCGGUCUGCCUACCCCUCCUAUCUUUACAUAAUCCACAAGCAGGCCCCACCCCUGGAGGACAUAGCCGAGGACUGCAGCCCAGCCAUGCGCAGCUUCCUGGAGCGCGCACUGGAGAAGAACCCGCGACUGCGCAGCUCUGCGGCUGAGCUCCUGAGGGACGAGGCCAUCAACCCCCCCCGGGAGGACCAGCCCCGCUGCUGGAGCCUAGACUCCGCCCUGGGCGAGGCGUCCCGCCCCCUCCUGCGUCAGCACAGCCAGCUGCCUGACACCACCCAGGAAUCUUCCCUGUACAGUGGCGAGGACUCAGCCCCCGUGAAGAGAAGGGGAUCCCUGUACGUCGACCUAGGCGCUCUGGCGGGCUACUACAACAUUGUGCGAGGGCCCCCGUCCUCAGAGUACGGCUAACACCUCCCCUGGCGACUUCUCUGGCGCACAAGGAAGAAGGGAAGGAGAAAGAGAGCCUGCAGUCUGCCGCUGGACUUUGCACCUCUAGGGAGACGGGUCAUGGAGUCGAAGCACAGACUUUACGCAGGUCACCAGCGAGUUUCACACGCUUGUGCGGAAGCUCACCGCACUGGAAGAGACACGUUAACACACCUCUCUCUGUGAGAACUAUACUCCUGUUCAAAAAGUGUGUAUGCCUACUGAAAUAUCUCCUGCUGCCACGCCGUUCCUGUGUCUUUUUUUUUUUUGAUGAGGCGUUCAGCAUCUGUGGCAAUGCUUUGGAAGCGGGCAUUAUUCUCUUAUGUUUGUUCCUAUGGAAACACUUGUUGAUUUGCAUUUUCACUUUACAGUGUACAUCCAAUGAGAUGAAAGGUGUAUAUACAGCUAUGGUGUAUAGUAUAUAGCAAUGCAUUUCUUAAUGAAUAUUUGAAGGAACCUUGAAUUUUGGUAUUUGAGAUGUGUUUCAUUACUUUUAUAAUGUGUCAUUACUUUUAUACUAUUUGUAUGUUGAGGAACAUGAUAUGAAAGUUAUAUUUUGAGAACUUUUACAAUUCUGUGAAGGGGCAAAUACUAUAAAAUGUUUAUGUUUUAUGUUUAUGUAAUGUUUUUAAUGUUCUCGACCGUUUGUGCAGAAUCACACUUUUAUGGACUGACAUUGCACAUACCAGCAAAAACAUUUUUAUAGUUUUUUGUAUGGUGCAGCGUGGACUAUUUCUUUUUGAGAUGCUGAAUAAAGUCUUUGAUUUUCAUUCAAAUAUAAA